AUGCAGGUGGGUCCGCACCAGCAGCGACAAAACGCGCUGAUUUACUGUGGUGAGCGCCAGCAAAUCAAGCUGAGUCUGCAGGAGGGGCGGCUCUUCCAGGACUCCUCCUUCCCCACCGCCCUUGGCUGCCGGGAGAUGGGGCCCCGCUCGCGCAAGACACAGGGCAUCGUCUGGCGCACACCCACGGAGCUUUGUCCCAACCCCCAGUUCAUAGCUGGUGCAGCCACUGGCACGGACAUCUGCCAAGGAGCCCUAGGGCACUGUUGGCUCUUGGCAGCCGUUGCUUCUCUCACCCAGAAUGAAGAAAUUCCUGCCUGUGUUAUUCCCAAAGACCAGAGCUUCCAGGAUAAAUAUGCAGGAAUUUUCCACUUCCAGUAUUUAAUCAAGUUGGAGGAGGAAGAUGAGGACCCUGAUGAUCCUGAUGAAGGCUGCACUUUCCUCAUUGGGCUGAUCCAGAAGCAUUGUCGGAAGCAGAGGAAGAUGGGGGAGGACAUGCACACCAUCGGCUUUGUGAUCUGUGAGGCAAAAGUAACAUGCAAGGCUGCAUUUCAAAACGUUUCUCUUCUGCCAGGAGUCAAAUCACGCUCUGCAUUAUUGUCAAGAUUUCACUUUGGGUUUUGUGUUUUGCAGCAAAUUUACAGAGAAAUUGAUGUGGCUCAAUCGGGUACCAUGAACUCCUAUGAGAUGAGGAGGGCGCUGAAAAUAGCAGGGUUCAAACUGAGCUGCCAGUUUCAUCAGGUCAUCGUGGCUCGUUUUGCUGAUGAGGAUCUUGUCAUUGACAACUUGGUGCACUGUUUGAUUCGGCUCAAAUCCUUGUUCAAAAUUUUUAGAAAACUGGAUACAGAAAAAAGUGGGACAAUAGAAUUGAACCUGGUUAAUUGGCUGUGCUUUACUGUCAUUUGAGCCACUGGCAUCAGCCUGAGACCUCAAGAGGAGCAUGAUCAGGUGAAGAUAAUCAAGCUACAUACAAGUAAUAUCCAAUUAUGAAUGUGCCUUAACUCACACAAAGCAAGCAGAUUUUGCAUGCAAUUGCAAGAAGAAAAGCAUUCUACUUCCACAGAAGAACAUGCAACCUCAUUUUUAUGGGUCUGACAGUCUGUGCCUACUCUCAUAUAGCCUCUGGAAAAAGGCUUUAGUUUAGUAUCAAUCCUCAGUGCAGGUUUUGAAAACACUGCUUUGCUAAUAUCUUUGUAUUUAAGGCGUUUUACAGGACUUCAGGAAGAAAAGCUCAUUAUAGCUUGACAGUCUGGUUUUACAAAGUGCUUUUUGAACAACAUCCUGCAUAUCUGAAAUUAAUAAAGAGAUAGUAUUGCAUAUCUAAACACCUGUACUCAGAGACAGGGGUUCCAAGCCCCAGCACUAUCCUAGUGAAAUAUUAUUCAAAGAAUUUGAGUAGCAAGUACAUCUUUGACCAAGUGAGCAUUGAUGUGCCUGGAACUGAAGGCUGCUGGUAACAAGACUCUUAGAGAAAGCCCAUGCUUUCAGGUGGAAUCUUAAGUGCCUGUAUCUUAUUUAUCUUCCUUUGAAAUAUAAGAAAGCAUUUAAAUUAAAAAUAAAAAGUAGAAAUAAAGUUUGCCAGACUGUUAUUUCUGCUGAAAAUAAGCACUAUUUUUUUUUCUUAGAGAUUGAUAUUCUAUACCCCACACCCAGCCUGUUAAAAGCAGAGGCUGUGACUGUGAGCCAAUUGCUGCUGCCUUUAAUUUCCCCACCUGAGGAAUUGUGUCCUCCUUAAAAACUAUUUCUUCCUUAUAGACACCAUUUCAGAAAGCAGUAGGACUUACCUAGUAGGAAAACAUGAGCCUGCAGGGUGAGGCACUUUCUAAAUACCCUUAAGGAAUUAUUUGCUCCUCUGUUAAAUACUGUUCAGUAUCAAAUUAUUGCCAAAUGUAGAGAUAGAAAGGACAGCUCUAUAGGAAAAGCUUUAUUUGGAAAAUACUUGUACCAAGUUGGGUUUUUUCCUUAAGAUGUCCCCUAACUUUUAAGGUUAACAACGUGUCACUAACAGAUUCAGCUCAAUUUUAAAUGCAGCAAAACUACCUUGACUAGAUGGGGGAGGAGGGGCUCAGUUUAAUACAGAAAGUGGCUGAAAGUUAGUGUAAUGUAGAACAACAGUGUGUCUUACUGGCAACAUUUCUAAUAAAAUCACUAUUAAAAUACCCAGAGUUAAAGCUUAAGAGGAGACAAAAGUUUAAUGGUGGAGUAAACAAGUAGAGUAAAAACAAGUACAUUGUCAAGGACUACAGAAAGUUUCUACACUUAGUUAUCAAAGUACAAAAUACAGUAAAUACAUGAGGCUCUUUGUAAAAAGAGGAAUCGAAAACGACAUUUCUGUUACAGCACAUGAUAUUUUGAAUACACAGAAUUUCUAAGAUACUACAGCUGUUUUAAAAGUUAUUGCUUAAUGGAUUGGUCAUGUGGUUGUCACUCUUCAGAUGCACUUCAGUUUUUUUAGCUUCUUUUAACAAACAUUCUGCUUCCAGCAAUAACCAGUUGGGUUCUGUGCACAUACUUCAAUUUCUCCCAUCUGAAAAAAGCCUCUGGAUAAAUUUGGACAAAGCAAAGUUAUCUGUUUCAUGACAAUUCCUUCAAUGGCAAAGUCAAAAGGUCCUUGUAUUUAAUGCAGAAAAGAAGUGAGACUCUUUUCUGCCAUGUUUGAAGACAGCUGGGUGGGUACUUUAACACAUCAGCUUGAUUUGACCAAAGGCUGUAGAAUUUCAUCUGCUUGUAAGCAUUAUUUCAUACUGUACAAUGCCCUCAUCCAUUUGCUAAUGCAUCAAUCCUUCAUUUGUUUUCAAAGCACAUUUUUCAUAACUUUCAGAUUUCAUUGUCAUUGAAAUAAAUCUCAUGGAAUUGGAACCAA